AUGGUUAAUAUACUGGAUUUUUUCAAGGAUAAACCCGCUAAGGCAGGAUCUAAGCGUAAGGCUAAUACUGCGGACAUUGAAGCUCGAGCAAGUGCAAAAAGAAGCAAGUCGGCUAAACCCAAACGGGUGAUGAUUGAUGUUGAUAAAGAUGAAGAUGAUGGUGAUGACGACUUUCAAUUUGAUGAUGAGGAGAUUAUAGAGAUCGAGAAGCCAAAAAAAAGGAAGGAACCGCUGUUAUCCCCCCAAAAAACAACUUCCAAAUACGAAUCAAAGCAAAGUGAUUCAAUCACAAGCUCACCGAAACGAAGUAAGAAAACUACUGAUUCGAGUAAAACACAAAGGAGUUCGGAUGUAAAAACCGCUGCAGAGAUCCUUGCCACAGUACCCGAUGCAGAAUUACCAGAGAUUGAUGAAAAUGAAAAGAUCAACUUUAUGGCGUUAAAAGCUCAACAGAAAUCUACAGUAGUUUCUGAGCCAAUUGAUUUGCCCCAGGCUCAACCAGACUGUUUAUCGGGGUUGACUAUCGUGUUUACUGGACAAAUGCCCUCUUUGGAUAGAACAACUGCAGAACAAAUUGCUCAACAGUAUGGAGCUAAAGUGACAAAAUCUAUUUCUGGAAAAACUAGCCUUGUAGUCAUAGGAGCAGAUGCAGGUCCUUCCAAAGUAAAGAAAAUCAAACAAUUGAAAAUCAAGGCCAUUGAUGAAGAUGGGUUUUUGCAGUUAUUGUCUAAAAUGCCCGCGGAUGGAGGAUCAGGAGAAGCUGCACAGAAGGCCAAAUUGGCACGCGAAGCAGAAGAAAAGAAAAUUUUAGAGGAUGCGAAGAGAGAACAACAACGGGAGAAAGAAGAAGAAGAAGCAGCAGCAGCAGCAGCAGUUUCUUUUAGUCAAGUAAAUAUCAAUGGAACUGGGUCUCAAACUAGGCUUCCUCCUAUACCAAAACAAGAGAUUUCUGCAAAAAACAAGCUAUGGACUGACAAACACGCGCCCAAAGACUUUAGUCAAUUAUGUGGUAACAAGGGUCAAGUUGAAAAGUUACGAAAAUGGUUAGGCAGCUGGUUUGAUAACAAAGCAAGAGGGUUUAAAAACAGCAGAACGGAUGAUCCCGGAAACUUUAGGGCUGUUUUGAUCAGCGGUCCACCUGGAAUUGGUAAAACAACAGCAGCACACAUGGUUGCAAAUUCUCUUGGAUUCGAUGUAUUGGAAAAAAAUGCUUCAGACGUUCGUUCAAAGUCACUAUUGAAUGCAAAUGUCAAGUCUGUCUUGAAUAAUACCUCCGUUGCUGGCUAUUUUAAGCACCGCAAUGAUGCUGAUGCUGAGAAGAAUGAAAAUACCAGAAAGAUAUGUUUGAUUAUGGAUGAAGUUGAUGGGAUGUCGAGUGGUGAUCAUGGAGGAGCGGGGGCUUUAUCACAAUUUUGCAGAACUACCAACACGCCAAUGAUUUUGAUUUGUAACGACAAAUCUUUGCCCAAAAUGAGGACUUUUGAUAGAGUUACUUUUGACUUGCCAUUUAAGAGACCUUCUGAAAACGAAGUGAAAAGCAGAUUGAUGACAAUUGCUUUGAGAGAAGGAAUAAAACUAGACCCUCAUAUAAUUGGGCAAUUGGUGCAACUUACAUCAAAUGAUAUUCGUCAAAUGAUCAACUUGCUAUCCACAGUUUCAAAAACUCAGAAGGAUAUUGGUGCCAACAACGUCCAAGAAAUUCGGGCGGGUUGGAAAAAACAAGUUAUUUUGAAACCAUUUGAUAUAGCACAUCGUUUAUUAGGAUCGGCGAUAUGGACUUCUCCCAAGCAAAAUAUCAAUGAAAAAUUGGAUUUAUAUUUUAAUGACAUUGAUUUUGCACCAUUAAUGAUUCAAGAAAACUAUCUUUGCACCAAGCCAAGACUACCUGGCUCCCAUCUCAAACACGUGGCACAAGCCGCAGAUGACAUUAGUGUUUCAGAUUCGAUAAACUCUUUAAUUCGAUCAAGUGAGCAGCAAUGGAGUUUGUUACCGUUUCACGGUAUAAUGUCUUCAGUGAAGCCCUCGUAUGAAGUCGCGGGCGCGGUAAUGGGGAGAUUAAAUUUCAGUAGUUGGUUAGGUCAAAAUUCGAAGCAGUUGAAGUUUCAAAGAAUAUUGCAGGAGUUGCAGUAUCAUACUAGGAUUAAAACCUCGACAACAAAACAGGAAUUGCGUCUCGAUUAUUUAAGACCAUUGUGGGAGAAGUUGGACGCUCCACUCAAGAAGCGCGGAGAUGAUGGAAUUGACGAAACUAUAGAGAUAAUGGACGAGUACUAUCUUACCAAGGAGGAUCUUGACAACAUGUCAGAAAUGUUGAAGCAGACAAUAUGUUUGGGAGUCAAGAGUAAGUCAAUGUUUACUCGUAAAUACAAUAGCGUUGCACAUCCAACAGUAAUUUACAAAACGGGUGAUUCUUUGGCAACUGGAGGCAAGAGAUCUGCAACAAAAGUUGAUUACGAAGAAGUAGUUGACGAUGACAUGGAGGAUGUUCCGGAUGACAACGAAGAUGAAACUAGCGAUAGUAUUGACAUUAAAAAGGACAAGUUAAUCAAGGAGAAGACAUCAAAGAAAAAACCAGAAGCUAGAUCAAAGUCUACUAAAACGGCAGCACCUAAAAAGAGAGCAAAGAAAUAA